AUGAAUAUAGAAGCAAACAGGCUUAGUACCUUUACUAACUGGCCUGCCUCAGCUCCCGUUGAUCCAAUAAGAAUAGCCCGAGCUGGUUUUUUCUACUCUGGUAAUGGAACUGAGGUUGAAUGUUUUAGCUGUGGUGGAAAGAUUUCUGAGUGGAAUUAUGGUGAUCAAGUUAUGGGGCGUCACCGUAUGAUGGAUUCCAAUUGUUUGUUUGUUGUAACACCCCAUCUAUCUGGAAAUGUUCCAUCUGUAGUUAAUCAAGCAUAUACAUUAAGAAAUGAAGAGAGUAGUUCAUCAAGGCCUGUAGAUAUAUCUGUUACCCCUAUGCAAUAUGAAUUAACUCAAGAUGAUCUAAUGUAUAGAAGUGAUGCACUAAGACUGCUUUCAUAUGUUAAUUGGGAUGACUCAUCUUUUUCACGAGAAGCAUUAGUAAAUGCUGGUUUUUAUCAUGCUGGCGGUGGGCGCCUGCGAUGUGCUUGGUGUGGUGGUGAAUUGGGAUCUUUAACUAAUAUGGGAUUAGAAUCACCUCUUGAGAUACACCAGAUGUAUUUCCCAAUGUGUGAAUUUGCAACUAGAAGAGCGAGAAUGGAUAAUGUUAAUAUAGAGAUAUCAGAAAACAUACAUGACUUACCAGAGUUCAGAGGUGAUACUCCCCAACCACAGGGCACAAUACCUCUGCAAACAAGUGGAGCAGAACAUAAUGAGCAAGUAGUAGCAGCUGGCAGUACCUGGAGAGAUCUGGGAGUUGUUAGCGGAGGAGCUAGGCAUCCUACAAAGGCCUCUUUGGCAGCUCGAAUGGCAAGUUUUGAUUGCAACUGGCCCCAAGAUCGGCCUCAAGCACCUUGCUCAUUAGCUGAAGCUGGUUUUUUCUAUACUGGGUUAGAAGAUCAGGUUCGUUGUUUUUACUGUGACGGUGGUCUGGGCAAAUGGGAGGCGGGCGAUAUACCGUGGCGAGAGCACGCGCGUUGGUUUCCACAAUGCGGAUACGUGUUACUUAUGAAGGGACAGCAGUUUGUUGAUACGGCCCGUAGCAGUAACGCACGACGGACGGUGUCAUCAGCUGAACGUGGCGUACUAACUUCAGGACCUCGGAAUGCUUCUGUGAACUUUCCGGUCACUGAAAGUCAGAUAGAGAAUUGUAUGGAAAGCAAUGCGGCGGCGGAUGCCCUUGGAGCUGGUUUGGAUGCAGCGCGAGUCAGGCGGGCUAUUGUUAGACGGUUGCAGGCCACAGGAUCGCCAUUUCCGAAUUCCGAGUCGUUGAUAGAUGCUGUUCUGGAUGAUCAGUUGAAUGAAGAAGCCUGGAGUACGGUGUCCAGUCAGCGCUUUGCGAGGGACAUACUCGCUGAGACACUGCGGGUCUUUGAUACAAGUGCUAGGGCUCUUCACCUGGAUGAAGACAGGUCCGAUAGCAGGCAGUCUUCCGAAAGCUCCUCAGCAUCACCCCUACCAGAACAGCCUCGACCAAUUAAAUUAAUAAAUUCAGAGAAGGAAAGACCAAAGACACCAGUUGAAAAGAAAGAGAUGACCUUGGAGGAAGAGAAUCGACAGUUAAAGGAAGCCAGGCUUUGCAAAGUCUGUAUGGAUAAUGAGGUCAGCAUGGUUUUCCUGCCAUGCGGUCAUUUAGUGUCCUGUGGGAUGUGCAGUACGGCCCUAACAUCAUGCCCCUUAUGCCGUGCCGCGGUUAAGGCGCUAGUCAGGGCCUACUUCGCCUGA